CCGAAGCGCCGGAGAGACGCAGCACAGCCGAGUGGAGGUGGAGUCUCGAGGUGGGGAGGGAGAAGAAAGGGGAGAGGAGGAAAACGGGGAAAGGCAGAUACAACAGACGGCGGAUGAUUAACUCUAUACAAGUUGCAUUACGACAGGGUUAACAGUUGCUGCGAAGAGGAAUAGAACAAGAUGAUAACGCCCUUCUUCCUAGAGCAUUUCUGGGGGGAAAAAAAUAAUGGCUUUGACGUGCUCUACCAUAACAUGAAGCAUGGCCAAAUAUCCUCCAAGGAGCUGACAGACUUCAUCAGAGAAAGGAGUACUAUUGAAGAGGCCUAUGCCAGGUCAAUGACCAAACUUGCCAAAUCCGCUGGCAACUUUUCUCAGCUUGGGACAUUUGCUCCAGUGUGGGAUGUGUUCAAGAGCUCGACAGAGAAGCUGGCAAGCUGUCACAUGGAGCUAGUGAGGAAACUACAGGAACUUAUAAAGGAGGUGCAGAAGUACGUGGAAGAGCAGGCCAAAGCACACAAGAAGACAAAAGAAGAGGUGGCGUCCACCCUGGAGGCCGUCCAGAACAUCCAGACCAUAUCUCAGGCUCUGCAGAAAUCCAAGGAGAUCUACAAUGCCAAAACUGUGGAGCAGGAGCGCCUCCGCAAAGAGGGGGCCACCCAGAGAGAUGUGGACAAGGCUGGAGUGAAAGCCAAAAAAGCCACCGAGACCUACAAAGCAUAUGUGGAGAAAUACGCCACAGCCAAGUCAGAAUUUGAACAGAAGAUGGCAGAAACUGCACAGAAAUUCCAAGACAUUGAGGAAAGCCACAUUCUCCACAUGAAGGAGAUCAUUCAGUCAUACUCGCAGUCAGUCGACGAAACACACAUUCAAAUAGGAGAGCUCCACAGUGAAUUUGUGAGGAACAUUGAAAACACCUCUGUGGAGAGCUUAAUACAGAAACUGGCUGAGAGCAAAGGAACGGGCAAGGAGAGACCAGGACCCAUUGAGUUUGAGGAGUGCAACACAGCUAUUGCUACUGAAGGAGCUAAACCCAGAAAGCGAAAACCAUUCGGCAUCCCAGGUCGUAGGAAAGACAAGGACACCGACUCCACGGAGUCUACAGAAGUUGAAGCUGCUAACACUGCCAAUGGCGCUCCCCCUGGAUACUAUGGGGCCAUAGACAUCCAGAAUGCUAAUGUUCCUCAAGUUGAUGCAGAGGGCUUCUGUAUCAGGCCAGAAGGAAAUGAAAAUGAUGCCAAAGAGAAUUCCUUCUAUUCGUCCAGCGACUCAGAGGAUGAGGAGGAGCCCAGGAAGUUCCACGUAGAAAUCAAGCCCGUUGAGCCAAACAACGGCACGCACCAGAACCGAGCCACCAUUGACGAGCUCAAGGCCUCUAUUGGAAACAUCAUCCUGUCCCCCUCCACCUUGGGACAGAUGCGGAGGAACCAGUCCAGGAUCACAGGAGUAUCUACAUUAAGCUCUAAGGCUCAGGGUCCUGGUGAUGAGCUGGCAAGAACCAGAGUGCCAACAUCGUAUGAACUGACAAACAACGACCUUCUGUCUCUGGACCCGUUCGGCCCGACUCUAGCAGCAGCCUCCACCUCCUCUGUGUCCUCAUCAGCAGCUGAGACUGUGCCACAACAGGAGCCCUCUCUUCCCUUGGCGGAGGGCCAGCAAUCCAAAGAUUUCUCCUCUUUCUCUUCAUCCACAUCCUCUCCGUGGGACUCGCCAGAAAACGCUUCCCAAGCACUCAAACCCGUACCGGCGCGGGCCCAGAGCGCCCCCAUCACCCUACCCACUGAGUCAGUUGACCCCAUCAGAAGCCCGGUCGCUGGCAACCCUCCAAAGAGCGUCGAUGCCUUCUCCUCCGUGUCCUGGUCCCAGAGCCAGUGGAUCACUUUCAGUGAUAUCUUUGCCCCACCUCGCCGCGAGGGCUCGGGGUCGAGCGUGAAGGAGCUCCAGAGGCCCCAGUCCGGCUCUGGCAGGUCAAGUCGAUUAUUCUCUGAUGACUCUGCUGACACCUACUGCAAAGAACCAGGCUGCAGAGAGGACAGCAGCUCCUGCUUCACUGACGUCUUCAUUGGCCUUACAGAUAGGGCGAUGAUGGCUGCAGCUCCACAAAACAAAAUAUUCAAUGUUCCUGUACCGAACCGACCCACGACCCCGCUGACAGCUGGAGCCCUUGUGCCCCCGCCACGACCUUCCUCCAGGCCCAAACUCUCCACUGGAAAACUCACAGGAAUCAAUGAGAUUGUGCGACCGUUCAGCCCACCCAAAACAUCUAAUGCCAGUCCUCCUCCUGCACCACUCGCCCGGGCAGAGAGUUCCUCCUCCUUGUCCUCAAAUGCCUCACUCAGUGCUGGCAACACCCCCACUGUUGAGGAUGAUGUGUUCAUAGCGAAGCUGCCUACCUUUGAGAAGCGCUGUGAAACACCAGCAGGGACCUCUCGCGGUCCCAGCCCUGUGACCCUGGCAUCCCAAGAUGCUUUGCCCAUUGCCGUGGCCUUCACAGAGUCGGUUAAUGCUUACUUCAAAGGAGCUGAUCCCACUAAGUGCAUUGUGAAGAUCACGGGAGACAUGACUCUGUCGUUCCCGAUGGGCAUCAUCAAGGUGUUCACCACCAACCCCUCACCGGCCGUCCUCACCUUCAAACUGAAGAACACCAGCAGGCUGGAGCAGAUCCUACCCAACCAGCAGCUGUUGUACAGCGAUCCUUCCCAAAGUGACUCGAAUUCCAAGGACUUCUGGUUCAACAUGCAAGCACUGACGUCCUACCUCAGAAAAGCCUCCGAUCAGAAUCCUUCAGCUUCCUACUUUAAUGUGGACAUCCUAAAAUACCAGGUGCUGUCUGAUGGGAUCCAUUCCACUCCUCUAAACCUGGCCGUAUAUUGGAAGAGUACGGCGAGUACAACCGACCUGAGGGUAGACUACCGCUACAACCCGGAUUCCAUGGUCUCCCCUGGGCCGCUCAGCAACGUACAGAUCUUAGUGCCUGUCGAUGGAGGCGUCACCAACAUGCAGUCUCUGCCCAACUCCAUAUGGAAUUCCGAGCAGAAUAAGUGUUUGUGGAAGCUGACUGACAUCACAGAAAAGUCUGAAAAUGAAGGUGCCGGAUCUCUGAGGGCCAAGUUCGAACUGUCAGAUGGCCCAUCAAACCCCUCUACUUUGGCGGUUCAGUUUAUGAGUGAGGGGAGCACCUUGUCCGGAGUAGACAUGGAGCUACAGGGGACUGGGUACAGACUUUCUCUCAGCAAGAAGAGAUUUGCCACAGGACGUUACAUGGCAGAUUCCUGAGGUGUCCCACCGCUCGUGUCCAUGUGAAAAAGAAAUCUUGCUUGACACACAACUUGGCAACUCUGCAAUACGCUCCUCAACCUCUGGAUCCACCUGAGAACAGUUGUGCUUUUGCCCAGGAGGCAAGAAUCUCACUACAAUAAAACAGCACUGAGUAUUGAACACUGUUAAAAAAAAAGAAAAGAAAAGAAAAAAAGAAAACUAAGAUGAGCUUUCAGGAACUGUGUAGAUAUGAAGUCUAAUAAUGCUUUCUCAUCAGUUCACUUUUGUAUAGUCAGAAACAAUUUAUGGAUUGAAUAUAAAUCUAUAUUGUAUUUGAAAUCAUAAGUGCACUAACAAUCUUUCAGAUGCUCUUUUUACUCGUAUAUUCAUUAUUUUUCCAAGAGUCUUUAAAGGAAAACAAAACCAUUUCUGUGUUGAAGAGAGGAAAAGAUUAGUGUCUCCCUCGUUGCCUCCAAACUGUAAAUAUUAACACUGAAUAUUCUGCUCAACCAGCUCUGGCUUAGUUCUCAAAUCAGUUUAGUUCGCUGAUUAUUCUCUUUGCCUUGUCACAGUGACUCUUGUUUUUUUUUUUUGAUCUAAUCUGUCUCAUCCUCUCUCUCUCUCCCGUUCUCUCUCUCUCUCUCUCUCUCUCUCUCUCUCUCUCUCUCUCUCUCUCUCUCUCUCCUUCUCUCUCUCGGCACAUGCUUGAUCUUUAAAAACAACAUUGAAGUGCUUUCAGACAAACGCAAAAAAAAAGAUCUGACCUCAGUGCCUCUUCUACCGUGGAUCAAUAGGCAACAAAAGUUCUCCAGUGUUUUACCCAGAUUUGGGUUUUCCAGAUUUAAGUUACACUUUUCUGUGGUAAAUAGCAUCGAGUUUUUUAAACAAUCACCCAUAAUGGGGUCUUUAAAAAAAGACCCCAUCAUUUUUUUAAUAAAAUUUUUUUUUUUGUUUUACAUUUUAAGCCCAUGAUUUUUAUUUUUCAUUAGGAAAAAACUGCUCAGCAAUCUUGACUGUAAAACAUUGUGUCAAAUGUUAUAUGAUUUUAAACAAAAUCAAGGGACAUCACCCAAAAGUCGGAGCUGUGUUUUUCUAAUCACACUUUUGUGCCCUAUUAAUUGAGGAAUGUGCCUGAAUCUAACUUUUCUCUACUUCUUUUGUAUACGACAGCACAGUUAAUGAGAAUAGCACCAACAAUGUGCCAGUUGUGUUUUUUUACUCCUCUAUUUGGAUACUGAAGGGAAAAUAUCAUCUCUUUUUACAAGCCAACUGUCUUCCAGAAAUGAAUUAGACUUUCUUUUCUUUUUUUUACCUCCUCAAUUUUUUAUUCAGCACUCGUCAGUUGACCUCAACCUCUCAUAUACUCAUUUUACAGUAAUGAUGUUAGAGAGCAGUAGCACAUUAAGGCCAAAUUAAUGAUUGAAAUGCCUUAUUACAACUGCUCACACACUUCUGUAAUCCAGUGUUGUUGACCGUGGUUAGAUACUGUGGCACAGCAUUGCCAUUGUAAUAGAUUACUGAUCUGGCUUGCCUUUCACACGAUGCAUGCUGCUUAAGCUUCAGCCUCCAUAAACAGCAGCAGCAGGCAUUGAAAAUGGAUGGGUGGAGAACUGCCACGUUUGACUCUUGAUGCUUCAUUCUUGCCUUUUACUAUUGAAGGGCUGCCGCUGCUGCUGCUGCUGUAGAGGCUGUCGUGCUUCUAGUUAGAGUAUUUAAUGUUAUAUGUAGGACAUAUUUUCUUUGUCUUCAUCUUUGAGAUAAUUCUGAAAUUGGUGUGUGAUCUGUUGACAUGUCUGGAGAUGCAAUAAGUUGCCCGGAAGCUGUGAUUGAAAAUCGACGAAACCUUGAAACCCUUCAGCAGGCAGGAGUGUCAUACACUGUGCAGCAUGUGGCCAAAUGACCUCUCCUGUAAGAUUUUAGGAAACAACCAUUCACAUCAGGCUUUAUGUUUGAGCGUGUCCUCAGUGCUAUGAAACAUCACUCAUUGUAGUUUCUAACUGGUUUACAGGCCAUUUAAACUCAUACCCAUAUUUGAUUCAUUCGAUGUCUCACUGGAAAUUGCGUGAUUCAUUUGAUUUCAGUCAGCAUAUCCUUCCAGGGUGAUUAAUUGUAAUCAUGAAUUCUUGAUGUUUUUAAUGUUUUGCAUGAUGCUUUUAGUACCUGGUUUAGGACUCAAGACCUUAAUAAUAUUUUAGAGCUCGACUCUUUCUGUCUGUCAAACUUUAAUCAGCCAAAUGUUCGCUAGUUGAAAUGAACAAGUUUACACUAAAUCCUAAAAUUGUAGCACCGGAUGUUUGAACAGUGAGAAAUCAGUAUAUCGCUCUCUGAUCUCUCCUGGUUUAUUAUAUCAGUGGUUUUGGUCAAGCAAACAUAUGCAUUCAUUAAAAGAAGAAAAAAAAGCUCAGAUUCUGUAAUUACAUUCAGUCUUAGCAAGCAGGUUCUUGCUGUCCCCACAAAACUUUCUAAUUAACUUUUGAAGGCUCAUUUUUAGGUCACUUUCAUUUUCUUUCUUUAUAUGUUCUAUGAAGAGCUUGAUUUUGUAAAUGAUUCUCAUAAAUUGUACAUUUUUACCAAUAUCAGCCACUUUCUGUCUCUACUUUAUGAUUUCUCAUUGUGCCUGUAUUAAAUGUGUAAUAUAUGAAUAUAUACAAAUAUAUGAAAAUGACUACUUUAA